AUGACUAUCUUUGACUUUGCAGCGCACCAUGCUGCGCUAAAACAGAACCCGAACUAUGCAGUUCAUCCCCAAAUCCUGCAACAGGCAGAGUGGCGUCCUGGUGGAACUGGACAUAUCUUUACCGAUAAGUCUACCGACGAACCCUUUAUAGGAAUGUGCUCCUACCUGGAGCCUAAAUUCAGGGCUAUAGAAAAAGCCAAGUAUCAGUUUGUAGGGGGGCGGACGCAUAGCAAGAAUGGAUUCGACGAAGACUUUGCUCGAACUCACGCUCUACUCAAUAACAUCCAGAAUACCAUAGUGGUCUCUCAUAACAAAAAGGACAUGUUACUGGAUGUUCAGAGUAUGUGCUUCGCGAGAAACAUAUUUGAGAAGAGAGAACACGCUGUACCGGAUUCGCCCACAGCUUCUCAUUGCACUGUCUUCCUGGAGGACCUAGAAAAUCCUUCAGAUACAUCUAACAGCACCGGUGAGGUGCUAAAAAUGGAUGAAGAAACUGCCAACUGGCCGGUCGACGACAAGUUCAGCAAUGACAUAGCUAACAUUAAGCCCUUUUACAAGGCUGUGCCACUCCCUGUUUACGACAAAAACGACAUGUUCAUUGAGCCUGCAAAUGUCAACAAAGCGCUCUGCAACGCUGUCACUGAAAUACACUUUACACUGCACCACACAUACCUGCCAAAAAACACUCCACUGCAAGACUCGUUCCACACCAAUAUUGAACAAAUCUUGAUACUGCAAGGAGGCAAGAGUGCAAUGAAAAUCUAUACAUCAGAUCCCUGUGCAGGUCCUGUAAAGUUCACGACUCACCAUACUCCGCCACCGCCGAAAGUUCCUCCUGCUAAAAGAUCGCAUAUUGAAGAGAGCAAAACCACGAAAGGAAAAGAGAAGGAAAAGAUCCGAAGAACGUCAGUAUAUGUAUUCCAUUGA